ACAUAAAACCAGUUCUCUUCUAAAAAAACAUAAACCAGUUCUGUUUUGGUAAGUUCGACAAUUGGAAGGCGCUACCAUCUCUAAAGUCCUCUCUCCACUCUGUUCAAACUUCGAAGAUUCAAUUUCGGCCAAGCUGUAUGCUCUGCUCCCAGUAACUACACAGCUGCUUCUUCUAGCUUGAUUUUCGAAAUUCCAACACCAUCUCUAUUCUUAGAAAGCUCAGAACAUUUCCCACAUCUGUCAAAGAUUCAUUUUUCAGGGUCAAAGCGCUGUUAUUUCUUAAAUUUCAGGCAAUUCAUACAUUUACAUUUUAUUUUCAAGUGCAGUUGGGUAUGAGAAAGGUGGAUUACUGGCCCCAGCUAUGGUUAGGGUUUCGUGUUCAUAGUUGAUUUGGGGAUUUCUUCGGAUGAUUCUUCGGCUAAUGGGUUUUGCUAUGGAUUUAGGGUUUCAGUCAAGGGUAAUGUAAAUCUGUCGGAUUUGAAGCGUUUUACUUGUAUUUGAUGAUUUGGUACUCAAGAAGAUGGUUUAGAGGCUCAUGCUACAUCUGGGCGUGACUAUUAGGGUCCUGAAAUUCAGUCGAUUUCAAAGUUUUGUGAUUUAAGGUGCCACAAAGUAGUGGAAAUGUUUUACUCGCAGUUUAUAUUGGCAAAGAAAGGCCCACUUGGGACGAUAUGGAUAGCGGCACAUUUGGAGCGCAAGCUUCGCAAGAAUCAGGUUGCUGACACCGAUAUAGGCGUCUCUGUAGAUUCUAUUCUCUUUCCUGAAGUUCCGAUUGCUCUCCGGUUGUCCAGUCAUCUUCUGCUUGGUGUUGUGAGGAUAUAUUCUAGGAAGGUGAAUUACCUUUUUGAUGACUGCAGUGAGGCUUUGCUUAAGAUUAAGCAAGCUUUUCGCUCCACUGCAGUCGAUUUACCGCCAGAGGAAUCAACUGCACCAUACCAUUCUAUCACCUUGCCUGAGACUUUUGACCUCGAUGAUUUUGAGCUACCAGAUAACGAAAUUUUUCAGGGUAACUAUGUUGAUCAUCAUGUCAGUACAAGGGAACAGAUAACUCUCCAAGAUGCAAUGGAGGGUGUGGUUUACUCGACAUCUCAGUUCGGAUUGGAUGAGCGAUUUGGUGAUGGUGAUACUUCUCAAAUCGGUCUCGAUUUUGAUGAGGACUUGUUCAUAGGCCAGGCUGCAGCUGAAGGGAAUGAUGGAAUUUCCGGUAGCGAUCCUCAGGCAUUGGCUCCGCCAACGAAACCCUUGGAAAAGCAUGAAGAAUUUGAGGGAGUACCUGGAACUUCAGAAACUGUGCAAAUGAAUGGGACUGGAAACCAGAAUGAAGUCAUUGCUGCAAAUACUGAAUUUGUCACUUAUGCUCAGGCUCCAUCAACUCCUGUAUUAUUUGAAGAGCCAAACUUGUCUAGCGUUCAGGAACCUAUGGCCUGCAAUGAUCACUUGGAUUUGGAAGACCAUAAUUUAUCAAAUUUACCAGUACCAGAAGGCACAGAAAAGGCUUGUAGCGAGUUCUUAUGCUGCGAGGAUGAUAAUGCAAUAAUUUUUUCUGAGAAUAGAUACAAUUUGGGAGAGUUGGAGAUGAAAGAAAUGAUGCUACCUGUGAAUGAGCAGAUCAAUCCUGUUUCUCCAGCAUUAAAAUGUUCAAAUGGGACGGUUGGCGCACUGGAUCUCCCAAACAGGGUGGAAGAUAUAAAUACUGGUAUUGUCAUAAACAGUGAACCAACUAUGCUCGUCACAGAGAAAAAGGAUGAACAAUGUGGAGAACCUGCAGCAGUUGGGUUGGAUGAAACCAUUGCAUCUCCUAGUUGCUCACAGGUUACCUCCGAGUUAGAGGAGUCUGCUCGUAAGAUUUCUUCAAGUGGUACCUGUGUGCGAGAGCCAGAGGAUAAUAUGGUCGAUCAACAAACAUCUAUAAAGUCUGAAAUUCAAAAUCAUAUUGCUAUUUCUAACGAUCGGGGAGAAGCACACACCCCUAACAUUGAUGUAGAUUCUUUCGACCCUGUUGCUCAUGAAAAGAUGGCAACUGCCCAACUAUGCGUGCUCCAGGCAUGUAACUCCCAUCCGAAUCAUUACAGUUUCCAAUCUUCUUCAGAUAAAAGUGCAGAAAAAUCUUGCAACUUAUCUUCUGAGGUUUUGCGGUUAAACUCUGUGGACAAUGCUAUAUCUUGUGACAAUCAGCCAGAUGAUUUGGAUAGGGCUGCCACUUCUCACUUGCUUCCACCUGAAAAGUUUCUAUCUAAACCGGAGGGGCUCACUGCUGAACCAAGUGGUCUACCAGUUGAUUCUACACCUGAAAAAGAAGUCUUUGGUGAUGGUGUUGGGACCAAACUCAUCUCUGGGAAGAAGCACAGUUAUACAGAGAGCACAGUAACAGUUCAGAGUUUAAAUUCAGUUGAGUCAUUUGGGGAGGCACGAGGAAAGCGAACUGCAGAUUCCAUUCCUGAUGAUGAUGAUUUAUUGUCUUCUAUUUUAGUUGGGAGAAGAUCUUCGGUUCUAAAACUGAAACCGACUCCGCCUGUAUCUGAAAUGAAAACCACAAAACGCUCCCGAACUGCUGUCCGUAGCACUGUUUCAAAGAGGAAAGUGCUAAUGGAUGAUACAAUGGUCCUGCAUGGCGAUAUAAUCCGCCAGCAGCUGACAAAUACUGAAGAUAUACGUCGUGUGCGUAAAAAAGCCCCUUGUACUCGCCCAGAAAUUUCAAUGAUUCAGCGACAAAAUUUGGAAGAUGAAAUUUUCAUCGAACCCAUCUUCACAGGAUUCUCGGCGGAACUGAUAUAUCUGCACACCGAGAAUUUUGAUCCGAGUAGAACCAGGUUUUCUGAAGAUGAUCAAGAUAAUGCUUCUGAUGAGGUACUGAAGGAUGUACAGACUUCUGUGAGGUCAAGUGUUACUGAGGAAACAAAAAUCCUUGGAAGCACUGAGCCUGUAAUAAUAAGAGAUGAUGCAAAAGCACAAACAAACAUUGUCAUUGAGACUGAAAACGGGGGGAUGCAAGAUCAUAACCUAAGAUCUCAGGUCUCUGAUGCUCAAGAGCAGGUGAUUACCAACGAAGAAAAAUCAAAGCAUGAACCCUUGGUGGAGAUGAGUGAAAUGGAAAUUGAUGCUAACAAUGCAGAAGUUACUAAUUUCGUUCCAGGAGUUAUAUACGAUAUGCCGUAUGAAAAUAACAUCCUGCCAGGGCUCCUGAAUAAAAUUGGUGAGAAAGGUACUUCUCUUCAGAAGGGUACACUAUUCAUGUCUUCAGAUGAAAAGUUGGACUGUCAACCUACUGAAGUGGAUAUUUCGAUGGUGGAUGCAAGUUUUCAGGAAGGAGUUGAUGCUGUUGAUAAUGUUGAGCAUAAUGAUGAAAUCAGAGUAGAUGUUCAGACGGGGUUUUCUGAAGUGACUGACACAAGUGCUACACUUGGAACCAUAUCUCUUGAAACUGGCGACUGCAAAAAUCUGAGUUUAAAUGAUCAACCUACGGAAGAAAAGGGACAUGAGUUGCGUAGUUUGAAUGAAAAUGAGGUCCUAGAUGCAACCUUUGGUUGUGAUGACGAGGACACUAAGUCCAGUUGUAUGCUUGGUAGAGAAGGCAACAUUGAUUCUACAAUUUCGUUGAAACUUGAUGCGGAUGCAAAAUAUAUAUCCUCCAGUGAUAAGGAAAAUCUACAACAUGAGGAGGCUGAUCCACGGAGUGGAAUUGAAGCAGAAGUUUCCACAGACUAUCGUGCUGGAAAUAGAGAUUAUGGCGAUUUAGGUUUCGGGCACGAUACAGAAUUUUUGAACGUAGAUGAUGAAGAAAUCGCGGAGGAGGGGGAUGAAAUACCGUCUGCUGAAGACACUUGUGUUCUUGAAAAUAGUGGCUGGUCUUCCCGUACCAGGGCUGUUGCCAAGUAUCUUCAAACUCUAUUUGAUCAGGAAGCUGUGCAUGGGAGAAAGAUUCUCGGGAUGGAAAACUUAUUGAAUGGAAAAACUCGUAAGGAAGCUUCAAGGAUGUUCUUUGAAACAUUGGUUCUUAAGACAAGGGAUUACAUCAAUGUAGAACAGGCAAAACCAUUUGCUGACAUUAACAUAAAGCCUAGAGUAAAGCUCAUGAAAUCAGACUUCUGAUAUCUUACAUAGGAAAGGUGGAUAGUGUUGAAUACGCCCUUACAGCUUUAAUCUGAUGCUGUACUGAGAACUGAGUAUUCUUUUCCUUGACAGUCCAUUUCUAAGUACUCUUUCUUGCUUUUUAUAUAAAAAAAAUUCGGAUCCUUUUUCGUAGGCUAGGGAUUAUGUUCUCGUUAGAUUUUGUAAGUGGUAGUUUGUGAGCGGGGUUGACAUUGAUUGUAAACACUAGUAAGGUUGCAAUGUCCAUCAUAUAUGUUGUAUAUAUAUGUAAAGGUGUAUCUUUGGUAAUCGAAGUUGCGACUAUUUGGCAAGAACAGUGAAUCUUUGUAAUUGCUACUA